AAGACCAAGAUCAAGGAGAUGCAGAGUUUCUUCAAACUCAAGGUGACAGGGAAUCUGGAUGACAACACGCUGGAGUUUAUGAAUCUUCCCCGAUGUGGUGUCCCGGACAUCGGGGAGUACAACCACUUCCCUCGAGACCUCAAAUGGCCUAAUAACGACGUCACAUUCAGGAUCCUGAAUUACACACCAGAUCUGAAGAAGUCUGACGUGGACAGAGCCAUUCGCACUGCGCUGAACGUUUGGUCUGAUGUCACGCCUCUGACCUUCAAGAAGCUCCACAAUGGCAUCGCUGACAUUAUGAUCAGUUUUGGGUCAAAAGAGCAUGGAGACUUCAACCCUUUUGAUGGGCCUGAUGGUCUGCUGGCUCACGCCUACCCGCCGGGCCAAGACAUCGGAGGAGACACUCACUUUGAUGAGGAUGAACACUGGACCAAAGAUUCAUCCGCCUACAACCUGUUUAUAGUGGCCGCCCACGAGUUGGGCCACGCCCUCGGUAUGUCCCACUCCGCAGACGCCGGUGCCCUGAUGUAUCCCAUCUAUGCAUACAGCACAGGCUUCGUUCUGGCUGAGGAUGACAUCGAAGGCAUUCAAGCUCUCUACGGUGAUUCAGACAAAUCUCCAAACCCAGACCACAAGAAGGUGAAGCCAAAGCCUGAUGCACCAGACAAGUGUGACCCCAAGUUGAGUUUUGAUGCUGCCACAGAACUCAGGGGGGAGACCAUCAUCUUCAAAGACAGAUUCUACUGGCGUCUCCAUCCUCAGAUGCCUGAGCCUGAACAGACUCUGAUCCAGUUCACGUGGCCCUCCCUCCCCAACAAGGUGGACGCAGCUUACGAGAACCCAGAGAAGGACCAGGUCAUCAUAUUCAGUGGGAUCCGAAUGUGGGCUUUGAACGGAUACAACCUCGUGGAUGGUUACCCUAAAUACAUCCACAAACUCGGCCUCCCCAAAACCGUAAGGAAAGUGGAUGCGGCUGUGCACAUCAAAGACACGGGCAAGACUCUGCUCUUCACUGACGAGGAAUACUGGAGCUACGAUGAAGCAACAGGCACCAUGGACAGCGGAUACCCACGAACCAUUGAGGACGAUUUUCCUGGAAUGGAUGACGAGGUUGAUGCUGCUCUUUAUCAAUACGGAUACUUGUAUUUCUUCCAUGAUCACGUGCAGUAUGAAUACAGCUACACCUCGAGGAAGGUCGUACGCAUCAUGUGGACCAACUCCAUUCUCAACUGCUGA